AGGUUUUUUUUUUUACAACCCCCCUCCUCAGCAAGUGGCUUUCUAAUUCCUUCCAUUAAUACAAACAGGGGAAGCCUGAGCAACCUGGAACUACUGGAUUUGAAAUGUAGAGAAAGAGAGAAAUAGACAUUUAGAUGGAGGAUUAAAUGCGCACUGCCAGGAUUAAAUAGCAGAAACAUUAACAGCAGAUUACAAACAAGGAAAUCAACGCACAGGGCGAGAAUCAGGAUGCAUUCAUUUGGGAUUUUGUCUCAUGCAAGUUGGACGGGAUAUUGGGAUUCCUAGCUGGAUGAACUGGCUGCAAAGAAUAGAAAACAAAUAAGGACACUGAAGUAUCAGAGAUCAAUCCAAGUUAGAAAAAAAAAUGGCUUUAGAAAACAACACCCAUCGCAGCUUUUCAAUUAUACCAUGCUUUAUUUUUGUCGAGCUUGUCAUCAUGGCUGGGACAGUUCUGCUUGCAUACUAUUUUGAGUGCACAGACACUUUUCAAGUACACAUUCAAGGCUUUUUCUGCCAAGAUGGGAACCUAAUGAAGCCUUACCCAGGGACAGAGGAUGAAAGCUUUAUCUCUCCACUGGUGCUGUACUGUGUGCUGGCAGCAACGCCAACUGCUAUCAUUUUUAUUGGAGAAAUAACAACAUAUUUCAUAAAGUCUACAAGAGAGAACCUGAUUAUUCAAGAAAAAAUGAUUUUGACAGGGGAAUGUUGUUACCUGAAUCCAUUAAUCAGAAGAAUUAUUCGGUUUAUAGGGGUUUUUGCAUUUGGCCUAUUUGCCACAGAUAUUUUUGUUAAUGCUGGCCAGGUAGUAACAGGCAACUUGACUCCCUAUUUCUUGACGGUGUGUAAACCAAACUACACUGGAGCAGACUGUCUUGCUCAUCAUCAGUUUAUCAACAGUGGAAACAUCUGUACUGGUGAACCUGAAGUUAUUGAGAAGGCCAGAAGGUCAUUUCCUUCCAAGCACGCUGCUCUUAGCAUUUACGCUGCACUAUAUGCGACGAUGUACAUCACAAGUACAAUUAAAACGAAGAGCAGCAGACUAGCAAAGCCAGUACUGUGUCUCGGAACCCUUUGCUCUGCAUUUCUAACAGGGCUUAACCGUGUUUCGGAGUACAGGAACCACUGUGUAGAUGUCAUAGGAGGUUUCAUCCUAGGAACUGCAGUAGCUUUGUUUCUAGGUCUGUGUGUUGUGCACAACUUCAAAGGAACACGUGGGUCCCCAUCUAAACCAAAACCUGAAGAUCCAAGAGGAUUGCCCUUAAUGGCUUUUCCGAGAGUUGAAAGUCCUCUUGAGACUUUAAGUGCACAGAAUCACUCUUCCUCUAUGACUGAAGUCACCUGAACUAAUCUCAGAAGAAUGGAACUUUUUUAUAUUACCUUAUAGUAUGGGAACUCUUUAAAAAAAACACAGUUGCUCAAUGUUAAACUGUGAUCACCAGUAUUAUGUUAUAUCUAGUUAGACGCUAAUGUUUUGUAUAUUUUUGUUCAAGGAAGUGAUGUAGCUUGCCUUUUUUAAAUGUCAUCUUCAACAACUUGUGUUUAUGCCAUAAUCUGAGCUUCUCCUGUUAUGGUAUACAGUGCACUAAAAAAAAGAAUGAAAAAAAAAAAUGAAAAAAAGCAUCUUUUGAACUGUUGAUGUUUUGUGAAAAUGUUUGUAUACAAUUUUUGUAUUAUUUUAUAUACAUUGAACUGCCGUGUAAAUUAAAUGCAAUCAUACAAUUUCAUUAUUUAUGAUUUUUAUUUCUUAAAUGAACGGGACAAUUUUAUACUUGAAAUGUGUACAGGAGCGAAAAUAAACAGUUGUUUUUUUUUUUUUUUUAUUCUCUUUUACAUAACAUUAUGUGAAUAAUUCACCAGAGCAGUUACAAGCUAUAAAUAAUUUAAAUAUUUGCAUUUAAAAUUGUUAAAAUCAUUAACUAGCAUAUGCUUAUGCGGUAUUUAUAAACAUAUGAAAUAUUGUAUAGGGAGAAUGUUCAGUACCCUCUGGCUACAAUUUUUGGCUAUUAUCAGAGCUUUGAAAUCAAGGGUUUUGCUUGCUAUAGCAUUAAGAUUGCUCUCUCCUAUUACAGUUUGAUCAAAUAAGGUUUUCUGUUUGUAAAUUUAUUGAAUUCAAUUUGUACAUGAAAAAAGACACUUAAACUUUACAAAAUUAAAAAAAAAUGGUUACUUACUAUAUUGUAAAAUUUUACUCCUAAAAAAGGAUGCUGACAUUUUUUUUCAAAUUUCAAGCAUGACUGAAAGAUUGUGAUUAUAUAAAGAUAUAACAUAAUUUAAUAAAACUAAAAGAAUGAUUGAUAACUGAGGUGCAUAACACAGUGACCAUUUAAGUCAGGCUUCUAUUUGCUUGUUUCAUAAAUAAAUAACAAGAAAAAUAUUUUUUUUUUAAAUGACAUCUAGAAACUCAACAUGUCAACUUUUCCAUCAAAGAACAUUUAAUUUUGUUGAUAACAUCAAACAGUUUGGCUAAUUUUCAGAACUGUACAUACCAAGAUAUAUUAUUUGCGUGUUUUUAAAUGUCUGUAUUUAAUCCUGGUUAAAACCAAUAGUAUUUGGUGAUGUUUCAAUUUUAAACGUUUUUGAGCAAUAAACUGUUACGUUUUA